GGGGCGCGCACGGCGCUCUGCCGGCGUCUGAAUGAGAGAGAGAAGAAGAAACGGACGGAGAACAACGGCCCGGAGCUCCGGGGAGCGUCGCUGAUACGGGGAGGGGAGCUGGUUGCAACGGUUCUGUGCAGUAUGAAAAUGAUGCCGUUACUUCCAUGGAGAUGAGAUGAUCAAAGUUGUGCGCUCACUUCGGAGGGGGAGCAAGCACUAAUGGUGCCAGAAGAAUGGACCUAAUGAACGGCCAGGCGAGCAACACUGCUCUCACGACGAACGCUUCAGAGAAAAGCAGCAGCUCAGAAUCGCUGAGCGACAAAGACUCCGCUGCCCUGAAGAAAAGUUUUGACGCUGUUGUGUUUGACGUCCUCAUGGUCACUCCAGAGGAAUAUGCCGGUCAGAUAACACUAAUGGAUAUGCCGGUUUUUAAAGCCAUUCAGCCAGAGGAAUUAUCAAGUUGUGGGUGGAAUAAAAAGGAGAAAUACAGUUCUGCACCGAAUGCCGUGGCCUUCACAAGACGAUUUAACCAAGUGAGCUUUUGGGUUGUGAGAGAGAUCCUUCAUGCACAAACACUAAAGAUUCGUGCAGAGGUCUUGAGCCAUUAUAUAAAAACCGCCAAGAAGCUGUAUGAGCUGAACAACCUGCAUGCAUUAAUGGCUGUGGUGUCUGGGUUACAAAGUGCUCCGAUCUUUCGACUCACCAAGACAUGGGCGUUACUGAGUCGGAAAGACAAGACAACCUUUGAGAAAUUGGAGUACGUAGUCAGUAAAGAAGAUAAUUACAAGCGGCUCCGAGACUACAUCAAUAGCUUGAAGAUGACUCCUUGUAUCCCCUACCUGGGUAUUUACCUCUCAGACCUCACCUACAUAGAUUCUGCGUAUCCUUCCACUGGCAGCAUAUUGGAGAACGAACAAAGAUCCAAUCUCAUGAAUAACAUCCUGAGGAUCAUCUCCGACCUGCAGCAGUCCUGUGAAUAUGACAUCCCUUUGUUGUCGCAUGUCCAGAAAUACCUGAACUCCGUGCGGUACAUCGAGGAGCUUCAGAAAUUUGUAGAGGACGAUAAUUAUAAGUUAUCUUUGAAAAUUGAGCCUGGGACCAGCACACCCCGUACUACAGCAUCUCGGGAGGAUUUAGUAGGGUCUGAAGUUGGAGCUUCCCCUCAAAGUUCUCGGAAAAGCAUUCCUGCGGAAGGAGUGCUGCUGCCCCCGACGCCACCUUCUCCUCGAAAUCUCAUCCCACAUGGUCACCGCAAAUGCCACAGUUUGGGUUACAACUUUAUCCAUAAAAUGAACACAGCCGAGUUCAAAAGUGCAACAUUCCCAAAUGCCGGGCCACGCCACCUUUUAGAUGACAGUGUAAUGGAGCCACAUACACAAUCGAGAGGGCAGGCAGAAAGCUCCACACUUUCUAGUGGGAUAUCCAUAGGUAAGUGGAGCAGUGAUGGCUCAGAGCUCAGCGAAGACAUGUCCUGGCCGGCGUUUGAAAGGAGACCUCAUGCUCUGCUCUCUGUGCGCAAACUCAGGAUUUCAUCCCUAACUCGGAGCUGCGUUCAGCUGCGCAGUUCCAGCUCUGCAGAAUCCGCGGAACUGGCCGUCCAUUUGUAUCCUGGAGCAGCGACCAUACAGGGGGUGUUACGGAGGAAGACCUUAUUAAAAGAAGGCAAAAAGCCAACGGUUGCGUCCUGGACCAAGUACUGGGCAGUAUUGUGCGGCGCGCAGCUCAUCUACUAUGCAGCAAAGUCCCUAAAAGCCACAGAGAGGAAACAUUUCAAGUCCACAUCUACGAAAAACGUAUCUGUAGUGGGCUGGAUGGUUAUGAUGGCGGAUGACCCUGAGCACCCAGAUAUUUUUCUACUGACGGACUCUGAGAAGGGAAACUCGUACAAAUUCCAGGCAGGAAAUCGUGUGAACGCCAUGUUGUGGUUCAAACAUCUAAGCGCAGCCUGCCAAAGUAACAGGCAACAGGUUCCCGCCAAUCUGAUGACAUUUGAGUGAUCCACCCGGUGUUUUACCAGAUGGGAGUCUCAUCUUACUGGGCAUCAGACAUCAGGGGAAGGCGAAUGGACCACAUGCGAGGCUUCCCUUGCCCGUCUGUGGGCAGCAGCACCUUAAAGCAAUGAACAAACCAGAUCCAGUUUUCAGCACUGACAGCGAAGAGAGAGGAGAGCGUUACUUUUUGCACCACCGCGUCCGUUAACGCCCCACUGCGCGGGUUAAGGCGCACUCCUGCAGUUUUGGACAGGAUCAGCCAUGGACCUCAUGUUGAGAUAGCCUAUGUACAUAUAUUUAGUUUUUUUUUGUUUUUUUUUUCUCUUGUUCACAGAACCAAUCUGUGCAAACCUCUGCCUUAAAGACAAACUAAAAAAAAGUGUCGAAACGGAACACCAAAUAGUGUGCGCGCGCGCGAGUCUGAGUGGAUUCACAGGAGUGUCUCACCGUAGUCCUUCGUGACUGCUCUUGUUUAGAUUUUAUCUACAGUCAAACUCACUGGUUACGGGAAAGAAAGCGUUGAACCUUUUUUUGGGGGGCGGCUUGUUUCUUUAUAUUUUAACCUGUACAUAUAAACAUGCACUGGUUUUUCUUUUGGAAAGCCCGGUUAUUAAAAGACAAUACGUAGAAAGGACAGUGUUACUGUACAGAUAGGGUAAGAGGUGUUGGUGAAGGAGUGUUGCUCAUGCAGCUUAGGUCAAUUUGGUUGGUAGAGUGUCCUCUAAGCCUCGUUCUUUUGUUUUAGAGGGGUUUAACUAUUGUGCUGCACCCUUGUCAGCGAGAACUUGCUUCAUUUAUGUAGAGCGUCUGUAAUAGUCUGUGCGUAAGACUCGACCAAGUUCCUCAAAGCCAGCAGUAUUAUUCAUUUUUAAUUAAUUUUAUUACCUUUUAUAAAUCUUUUUUUUUUUUUAUAUUGUUAAAAAGUAAGGUAGCCCUUAAAAGUGGUUGAUAAUUAUGAUGUGUCAUUUUGUGGGGUGCGUUUGCUUCAGUCUCUUAAUUCUACUUUGGCUUCCACACAGUCCAGUAUAUCCGCUUCUGCAAGGGCUCCACUGGCCACAUUUAAUGGACCUGACAGCAGACCUUUUAUUUAUUGCACAGAACAUAAAAAGGGUUGCCUGACCAAAGCUUUAAAUUAUCUGGGGUGGAGGUUUACAAAAAAAUUUAAAAUUUGAGUCACUAACCUUAUGUUACAGCAUCGCAGCCGAAAGUGAUGAUGUGCCACUACCUCGGCAUUCAUGUUUUUCCAGGAGCGGCUCUUGACCACUGAGCCUCUGCCAUGAUUUGCCAUUCUUGCACACAUGACCGCUGAGGCCAGUAAAUGACCACUGCGGUCAAUGUGACUUCUAACGGCAUUUCAUCACUUUGUCCUGUGGAGACGGGAGCCACCGUGCUUGUAUCAAACCGGACCAUCAUGAGGUGAGUGACUAUUUUUUUGCACACCCGCCUUGCUUCAUUUCAAGCAAUCUUUUUAAGGUCUCAUUCACACGACCGUAUAUAUUCAUUUCAAUGGGGCCACAAAACUUGCGGGCAGCACACCGUGUGCUGUCCGCAUCCGUGGUUCUGUUCUGCGGCCCCGCAAAAAAGAUAGGGCAAGUCCUAUACUUGUUUGCAAUUGCCGAGGCCUUCUCGCAGUUUUCCCUAGCCUAUGUGAUGUCAUGUUCAUGGGUGUCACGGUCUAGGCGCAGCUCAGUCACAUUGAAGUGAAUGGGGUUGAGCAGCGGUACCAAGCACAGCCACUAUCCGACGGACAGUGCUGUGCUCAGUGAGCAUAGAAAACGCUGCGGCGAUACUGCCAGCUCUGGUACCUUGUCAAACAGCUGAUCAGCGGGGGUCCUGGGUGUCAGACCUUGACUGAUCAGAUACUGGUGACCUGUCCAGAGAAUAGGUCAUCGGGGAAAAUAUAUCAGAAAACCCUGUUAAUAUAUCCACGGAUUACAAGCACAGCGUUCGGAAUACGUUUUUUAUAUUUAUGUUAAGACAUUGGUGUCAUAUUGUCCAAUCGGUGGGUGACUAAACAGCGAAGAUGGGAAAAUGCCACCCACAUUGUCAUGUGUGGCUCCAGGGGUCACAUGGUUGACCAUUGACCAUAAUAAUGUCAUGAUAGUCAGUGGCCGACAAUGCGUCAACCUUGAACUAGCAUUAAGCUGAAUGGCACUGCGCUGUCCUAGCAGGUCCCGUCGAUUAGGCGUUGGCGGCAAGUCCUAGCAAUGUGCCACCUGUGUCUAUUUUGAGGCCACCCCCUAUAAAUAUUGUUUUACACUCAUGAAGUGGUUAUAUAUCACAAUUACUAGUAAUAAUUAGUCAUACACAUGUCCCUGUCCCCAGAUCCUUUCACUGUCACGUGUAGUAUAAAGUAGAUUCCUUUAAUGUAGACUUCCAUAAAGCAGCUGCCUGAAAUCCAUGAUAUCUUCUGCUGAAUAUUCCAUAAUGGAAGGGUUUACAAACCGUAGAGAUGAAGAUGGCCGUCUCAUACCACCUUACUGUACGGGAUUUUUCCAAGGGAUUUAUUUCUCUAGUAAUGCAAACAUCUGAGGUAGUCGUUCCGCUCCACGCGGUCAUGUCCUUUUGUAUGUGAUGUGUAUUUAAUAACCUUUUGUGUAUAUUCUUUGUUUGCCAUCUUUGGAUAAGUGACUGAAGCAAACAACUGUUCUUUUCUUCUUCUUUUUUCUAUACUUUUUUUUAAUUUUCUUCCCAUUUUUAUGUUGAUUCAUCCUUUCAGUUAUUUUACCUUGUACACAGAUGACUGGUGGCCUAUAUGGGCGGCAGGUUGAAUGCCCUUUGAACUUGUGGUGUUUAGUUAUUGGAAGUCCCACUUCUUUCCACGCCUAGUUGAUUUACAUACAUGUAUCAUGAAAGCACUGUAUUGCAUUAAAGGGGUUAUCCAACGCGUAUAAUGCCCCCCAAAAUGCCCGGGCACCACAUACAGGUUAUACUUACCUCGCGCCUGGUGCCCGCACGGGCGCAGCUGCAUCUCCCUGUCUCGCAGAUCAAAACAACCGGCGAGGGGGAGGUGGAUGCAGCCAAUAGCAGGACACAACGGGGACAAGCCUCCCUAUCAUCACGGGUGACUCUAGUGAGGCUCGUCCCUGUUGCGUCCUGCUAUUUGCUGCUCCUUCUCCCAUCGCCGGAUGUUUUCAUCUGUGCGACGUGGGUGCUGGGGAGCAGGGUAAGUAUAACUUGUAAGUGGUGCCCGGGCAUUUUGGGGGACUUUAACCUCAACCUGUUUGUAUGUUACGGAGGCAUCAGCCGCUGAAUAUUUAUAGGUUCCUACUUUAUGGUUGACACUCCGCACUUAGAAGUACAGUUCUUGACGCAUCAUCCAGUUGUUUUUAUUGAAGGGAAAUUUCAUCCAAAAAAAAAAACUUGAUAAUUCCCCAACCCGUAUUUGAGUAUGAUGUUGAAAUGUAUAAUGAAGCUCCUCGGGCCCAACUUAAAAUUAUCAAUAGGGCCCCCAAAUAUCACACUUUAUUUAUAGAAGUACUGGUUUUGUUUGGCCUUCUCUGUAUUAGGAAUUCCGUUUUUCGGUUACUACAUAGGAGCAGAAAUAGAAUUUCAGCUGUGAUGGAUCCCUCACUUGACACAAACUGUGCCUGGUGGACCUCGCGGACUAUAGUAGAGCCCAUUCUGUUCCAUCAUGGUUCCUGCCGUUUCCUGUGGCAAAUAUGAUGGAAUCUGAAACAGAUGCUGUAAUGCAGAUGUGGACGGAGCCUUAAAGGGAACCUGUCACUGGGAUUUUGGAUAUAGAGCUGAGGACAUGGGUUGCUAGAUGGCCACUAGCACAUCCGCAAUAUCCAGUCCCCAUAGCUC